AAUGAGUCUAACUUCCUUAUUACUUAAAUCAUAGUAAUCAGAGAACUGAGGAGGAUUCAAAUUAAUUAGAGAUGGUGAAUUGCUAUGGACAAUGGAAGCCAGUGGUUGCCAUGAUUGGCAUCAACCUUGCUUUGGCCAUAGUCAACGUGCUUCUUAAGUUAACUCUGGAUAAAGGAGUGCACAAUUUGGUUGUAGUUACUUAUAGACAGUCAAUUUCUUGUGUCCUCUUGACACCCAUUGCCUUCUUUUGGGAAAGAAAAAGUAGACAUGAACUUACAGCUCCACUCAUAUGCCACCUUUUUUUCAGUGCUCUAAUUGGGGUAACAUUCGCACAAUACAUGUUUCUUCUUGGACUCCAGUACACCUCAGCUACAUAUUCUUCUGCCUUCAUCAACAUGGUGCCUGUUAACACUUACCUGUUGGCACUACCAUUUGGUCUAGAGAGAGUGAGCAUUAGGAGCAAGGGAGGCAGAGCUAAGAUAUUGGGUGCUUUGAUAUGCAUUGGUGGAGCUUUGUCAUUGACCUUAUACAAAGGAAUGCCACUGACCAACCAACACUCACAUGCCACAGCUGAAAUUGAAAACCAUGACUAUAUACUGAGUGCAGAAAAGAAGAGAGUGAGGUGGGCACUUGGUUCAGUGUUUUUGGCAGCAGGUUGCAUGUUGUGGGCUUCAUGGUUUCUCAUACAAGCCAAGAUUGGGAAGAGCUACCCAUUUCAGUACUCUAGCACAGCCAUCUUGUCCUUCUUUGGUGUCAUUCAGUCAGCCAUCUUGACCUUGCUUACUGAGAGAAGCAUCAACAUGUCAAUGUGGGUUUUGAAGGGGAAGUUGGAGAUACUGAGUGUCACAUAUGCUGGAGCAGUUGGAUCAGGGUUGACCUAUGUAGGCAUGUCAUGGUGUGUGAAGCAAAAGGGUCCGUUGUUUACAUCAGCAUUCACUCCCUUAAUCCAGAUAUUCGUGGCUAUGUUUGACUUCUUAACCUUGCAUGAACAGAUCUAUGUUGGAAGUGUGGUCGGUUCUGUCCUGGUCAUAGUGGGAAUGUAUGUUCUACUGUGGGGGAAAAGCAAUGAUGCGAAGGAAAUUGUGGUGAAGCAGACACCAGCAGCUGAAGAAGGUGCAGAUGUCCCUUGAUAUGGAUUUGAACAAACCUGCAUGUUGUUAAUCCAAACCUACCUCAUCAACAGCCUCUUUAAUUAAUCUUAUUAGCAAUUGAAAUUUUGAAGUUUAUAGUACAGUAGACCAGAUAAAAUGUUGUUAGCUAGCCGAGUGUCAGAUGAAAUGUAUGAGAGAUCAGCAUGUAAAGAAGUUAAGAGUUUCUUGGAGGCGUUGAGGAAUUGGGUGCGGAGGAUUUGGAGGAGGAGAGGGUCGGAGAGAGGGAGGGGCUGAGGAGGGUGUGGGAGGUUUGCGAGUGCCGGACUGGGAGAGAGUCUUGGUGAUGGAGGCCACCAUGUAUGUCUCCCAGUUCAGAAGAAGCGUCAUUGUGGGCUUUAGCUUGGAAUAGAGGCCUUCCAUGGCGCAUUGAAUUUCCAAGCACAUGCAUAAACUCAAAAGAUUUGAUCCUUUUCACCUCACGACUAGCAAAGACUUUAACCCUUUGGAGGAACCAAAUAAGCUUCAACUCUAUAGUCCACUCUAUGGUUUAUAGCUUUUGGGGUUUCACCAUGAAUGUAUCAAGGGGUCUUCACUUUAUAGUAGUUACUCAUUACGUUUUAAUUUGAUCAUCAAAUAUAUCAAAGGGUAAUAGUUCAGCACUUUAGCCUAAUUGUAUGAUUUGAGAUUUGAGAUUUGAGCUGAGGUAAGCCAAUGCUUUAGAGCUCUUUAGUUCAUCUCGGUAGAACAAGGAAAAACCCUAUGUGUUGGGCUA